CCGGAGAGAAGCAUUGAGCUGCGCUGUCAUCGCCGUCAUUGCACCGAAGAAGCCGCUGUAGUAAACAAAGCGGAUUCCAGAGGUUCUUCCCCGGUAAAAUAGAACCAAGGCGGGCUGAGGGAUGAAGGAGACCCCGGCGGACAGCCCGGCUGAGCCGUCCAAGGCGGACUCUCUGCGGGGCUUCGUCACCGAGAGGCUCGCUGCUGCCUCCCGGGAGAUCCUGGCGGCGGUGGAGACGGUGGUGGCCGCCUACGAGGAGGAGGCCUCGGGCUUCCGGCUGGAGAUCCGGCGGCAGCGGAGGCAGCUGGAGGUGCUGCGGAAGCGGGUCACAGUCGGAGCGGCUGAUUUACCUUGUAGUGGAUCCGCUGAGGAAGAGGAGGACCUGACUGCCCCAUCAAGCUCUUCAUCACCUGGUGGAAGAACACCUGGCAGAGCUCAGACCAGUAACAACACCAUAGACCUCAGCAUCCGCAUCCUGAAGGACUCCAGGAUAAACAUGCUCUCCAAAAGUGCGGUGAAAAAAUGUCCGCUGGUCUCCCUGAAGUGUCCCCGAGGCCAGCGGGGGCGGGACUUUCUGAACCUGCUGAGGUCUGCUGUCCCUCAGCUGGCUGGAGAUGACAAACCUUUUGACAUCUUAAUGUUGGAUAAGAGGCGGAGACUUCAGCCUCUGACUCUGAAGACGGUGACGCCCGAGGAGAUCAUCAGAAACGUUGGAUCAACGGGGGUCAGGAGGCCCGUGAUCUACAUUAGACUGAAGACACAGAAGGAAGCUCAGGAGGAGAUUCCUCAUCCAGAGGCAGAGAAUAGCUCUGCCAUGUCGGCCUGGGAGGAAAAUAAACAGCAAAACGAGAUGAGAACAACAUCACAACCACAAAUGGAAACAGAAAAUGAGCGUCUCAUGAUCUCAGCGUCAGGUAAAGACUCCCUGGCGCCCUCCGCUGGCGAGAAGGAAGGAGGUGCUGUUAAAGAGGAUGAUGGAGACUUCAGAGAGACAAACAGGAGUGAAGGCAGCUGGAAACUACAUGAAGGUGAGAAAAACAGGAACUCCGAGGUCAUCACAGAGAAAGAAGAAGUUGAUCAAUCUAACAAAGUUUGGACAAAAACAGCAGCUGCAGCUGAUCUUUCCUGUAAGGUCUGCAAAGCUGCGCAGGAAUCUGAAGCCGCUCUCAUUAAACAUGCCUGGCGACACACGGAGGAAGCAGGAAGUGUUUGUGGAGUCUGUGGAGAGGCGGUCGAGGGAUCAGACGAUCAUUUUCAAAGGGAGCACAGGACUGCCGACUGUCCCGUCUGUGGAGACUCUUUCCUCGGUGUCCUCAGGCUGAAGGAGCACCUGGAGCUCCAUCCAGGAGAGCAAGCUCACCAAACGGCGGUCAGUCACGCCUCGUUUGCGUCCGAUUUGCUCCUGGAGAACCACCAGAAACCCCCAGAGCCCCGUCACAAAUGCUCGACCUGCAACAAGGUGUUCAAGCUGGAGACGCAGUUGAAGAAUCACCAGCGGACUCACGGCAAAUGCAAAACGUACCUCUGCGGCGUGUGCGGCAAGUUCCUGAGCAGCAACAGGUCCCUGUCCCGCCACAAGAUGACGCACUCCGGGGAGAGACCCCACAGAUGCCAGACCUGCGAGAGGGGCUUCAAACUGGCCACCACGCUGAGGCAACACGAGAAGAUCCACACGGAGCGAGAGCGGCCGUUCCUCUGCGACGUCUGCUGCAAGAUGUUCCUGACCAGCAAGCAGCUCGUCGUCCACAUGAGGACGCACACCAACGAGAAGCCGUACCGCUGCGACCGCUGCGGGAAGGGCUUCACCACCAGGGGGCCGCUCACCAUACACAUGCGGGUGCACACCGGGGAGACGCCGUACCGCUGCCCGCACUGCGGCUGGUCCUUCAAACGGAAGACGCACCUGGACGACCACGUGGCCAUCCACACCGGAGCCAAACCCUACGUUUGCGGGAUCUGCGGGAAGACGUGCGCCCGCCGAACCUACCUGACCGUCCACAUGAGGACGCACAACGGAGAGAGACCGUACAAGUGUUCCCUGUGUGAGAAGGCCUUCACGCAGAGCCACUGCCUGAAGACGCACAUGAAGAGCCACGAGGCUGCGCCACCGUAACGCUGACCAGAUCAUUCGGUUAUGCACUUUAUUUGGCACAUGGGACUACUCCGUUUUUUUAUUAUUAAACUGUUUCUGGCUCUCAAAUGUGCUGAAAUAUCGGCAGUAAAAUUCAGCGGAAAAACUGC